CGCCCCUCCUCGGGCUCUCCGCCGGGGGGGACGGCGGUGCCCUCCCCUCCCGGUGGCGGGAAGGCGGCGGGGCGGGCAGCGGCGUGCGGGCACGGCGGCCGGAGGGGAGGCAGGCGGCCGGGCUCCGGCGGAGGGCGGCUUCCUCCGGGGCUCGGCGGCGUCCGGCCGCGGGGUGGGCGCAGCGGGGUGCGCGGGCGACUCCCGCGGGCCAGGCAGCGGUUUUGGGGCAGGCGGCGGGGCAGUUUUUUUCGGAGGGAGGGUGAGGUGGGGAGAGAACGGGGACUGUCGCCUCCGCCUCUUCCUCAGCGGCAGCCGGAGCAGCCGAAUCGCCGCGGCGGCGGCUGCUGCUGCUGCGCGGAGGGAGCGCGGAGCGGAGGGAUGUGGGGCUUUGGUAAAGGCAGGAUCUUCGGGAUCUUCUCCGCUCCCGUCCUGGUGGCCGUAGUCUGCUGCGCCCAGAGUGUGAACGAUCCCGGCAACAUGUCCUUCGUGAAAGAAACUGUGGAUAAAUUGUUGAAGGGCUACGACAUCCGCCUCCGGCCAGAUUUCGGAGGUCCGCCCGUCUGCGUGGGGAUGAACAUCGACAUCGCCAGCAUCGACAUGGUUUCUGAAGUCAACAUGGAUUACACUUUGACUAUGUAUUUUCAGCAGUACUGGAGAGAUAAAAGGCUGGCUUACGCUGGCAUACCUCUCAACCUCACGCUUGAUAACCGAGUGGCAGAUCAACUCUGGGUGCCUGACACGUACUUCUUAAAUGACAAGAAAUCAUUUGUGCAUGGUGUCACUGUGAAGAAUCGAAUGAUUCGCCUUCACCCGGAUGGAACGGUGCUUUACGGCCUCAGAAUCACUACCACGGCAGCUUGUAUGAUGGACUUGAGAAGAUACCCAUUAGAUGAACAAAACUGUACUCUGGAAAUAGAAAGCUAUGGCUACACAACUGAUGACAUAGAGUUCUACUGGAGAGGUGGAGAUAAUGCAGUCACUGGUGUGGAAAGGAUUGAGCUUCCUCAGUUUUCCAUCGUGGAAUAUAGACUGGUGUCAAAGAAUGUUGUCUUUGCCACAGGUGCCUAUCCAAGACUCUCACUGAGCUUCAGGUUGAAGAGAAAUAUUGGAUACUUUAUUCUCCAAACUUACAUGCCCUCCAUCCUGAUUACCAUUUUAUCGUGGGUGUCAUUCUGGAUCAAUUAUGAUGCAUCAGCAGCAAGAGUUGCCCUUGGAAUUACAACUGUGCUGACCAUGACAACAAUCAACACUCAUCUACGAGAGACUUUGCCUAAAAUUCCCUAUGUUAAAGCCAUUGACAUGUAUCUUAUGGGCUGCUUUGUAUUUGUCUUCUUGGCCUUACUUGAAUACGCCUUUGUCAACUACAUUUUCUUUGGAAAAGGCCCUCAAAGGCAGAAGAAACUUGCAGAAAAAACAGCAAAGGCAAACAACGAUCGCUCAAGGUUUGAAGGCAACCGGGUGGACACCCAUGGAAACAUUCUACUAACGUCACUUGAAAUUCACAACGAGGUGGCAAGCAACGAGGUCACCACCAGCGUGACGGAUGCCCGAAAUUCCACGAUCUCCUUUGACAGCUCAGGGAUCCAGUACAGAAAACAGAGUUCACAUCGCGAGAGCUUUGGGAGGCGUUCAUCAGAAAGAACAGGUUCCCACAGCAGGAGGGGCCAUUUACGAAGAAGGUCUUCGCAACUGAAGAUAAAAAUCCCUGAUCUAACAGAUGUGAAUGCCAUCGACAGAUGGUCAAGAAUGGUGUUUCCAUUCACAUUUUCUCUUUUCAACUUGAUUUACUGGCUAUACUAUGUUAACUGAGUGACUGAACUUUUUUAAAGGACUUCAAUUAUAAGAAGUGAAGUAUUCCUUGCCUGCAGAGUUUAUAUAUAUUUAUAUGUAAUAUAUAUAUAUAUGAACUUUUACUAUGUAGACCAUAAUCAUGUAUGUGUGAAUACAUGUAGCAAAGAAUUGUGUGUACUUAAAAGCACAUACUGCAAAGCAAAAGUAUAUGUAUGCACACACACAUGUACACAUUCGUUUUGAGGUUAUGGACACUUUAAACAUAGAAUGUGCUCCAGAGGAACUUUUUCAAUUAAAAGGCAGGUGUCAUCAAAACAACAAGCCUUGAGAAAGUAAGUGUUGCAUAUUGUCACUACAAAACUUUGAUUGUCAGAAAUUUUCAAACAGCUGUAAUCGUGUAUAAAGUCAGUGUUUAAUAACAUUGUUUGUAAAUGCUGCCAUACACACUAAUCAGAAAACAGUAGAAUUACACUGGUAACGUUUAAAACAAGUCAUUUAUACUACAGAUCCAUCAAGUACAAUUUCGUAAGGCCAAAUGUAUUUUUCUUUGCUAAAAUUUCUUGAGUUUAUAUAUGUCAUUAUAUAUUUUUUCCCCAGUCCUGAAUGGGUGGCAUUUUUAAUGAUCUCUUGCUUUCUCUUCUGCACCAAGCAAGGUGAUCAUGGCAGUGUUGCUUUACGUCUUUGGAGACAUACAUAUACGUGUUCAUACUAUUUCAGACAGUCAUUUUAUGUGUCCAUCAACAGUGAAAUGAAUCUUUUGUAAGUACUGUAAAUGUACAGCACAUUUUCCUUCCCUUGGACUGGUUCCAGAUGCCAUGCCAUUUUGAAAGAGAACAGCACAUUUUUAGUAUAAUUUAGCUGAGAAUUCAACUACCGUCAACGUGUUCUACAUCUGCUGUAGAUGUAAAGAUUGUUAUUCCAGUGAAAGCAUAGAAGAUGUCUCAGGUUAUUUGCUACUUUGACAUGAAAACACCUAGCUGUAGCCUUUUUUAAACAUGCAUUCACAUUAUUUAACAUUCUUAUAACAUUGUAUGUUAAUGUAAAAUAUAUUUGCAUAAUAUGCAUAUAAGUAUAUUUUCUCAAUAUUUUUCUGCCCCGUGCUUGCUGUUGUGACCGCAUGCUAUGUCAUACUUUUCGUUUGUGUGAUGUUAAACCUUUUUAUUCUCUAGCAUCCAGCAAAUAGAGCUCUUCCAAUACUUUGAUUCAGUAAUGGAGCAUUUUCAUAUUUUAUUUAUAUACUGAAAGUAUAUACACGUACACUUACUGAGCUAGUGUGCUGCCAUCACAGAUCGCAAAAGAUAGCAUGUUUUCUUUCAGCAUCAAUUAUGUUCUACCUUGUCCCUCAUGCAAAUGUGUCCACUUUGCUUUUCAUCCCAAUUUGUUCCCUCAGCGGGAUUCCAACUUUUUUCAGUCUAGUAGAUUGUAGUCGUCAAGGUAUGCCAAUUUCAAAUCUGUAAACUUAAUUUGUUAUUUAUUAGAGCUAAACGUUUCUAAAGAAAAGAAGAUAUAUUUUUUGUAAAGUGUUUCUAUCAUGUACAUUCUCGAGUAACAACAAAUACAGUAGCAUAAAUAGAUCAAAAAAAAAAAAAAAGAGAAGAAAUUCAGGUUUAGCCCUGCCAGUUCUCUGCAUGUAGAAUUCCUUUGGAUAUCGCUGGGAAUUGUUGGCAGAUAGGGAGAUUUGGAUGCUAGUUACAGACGUCUAUGGGAACAAAAUAUAUGGAUAUGAAUCUACCAAAAAAACCCAAAAAGAGAUGAAACUGAAAAGGCUGUUCUUGCUCUGUAAUGGCCCAUAUUCUCUCUAGCACUUGAUUUAUCUGUGAGUAGAGCAAUGAUCCUUGUGUUGUUGCUCCAUACGAUCCGUUCCGAUUCCCACCCCAGACUGUUUGCAGCUGAACUGUGAAACUUUGCUCUGGGCUGAAAUUCAGCAUAGAUGAACCCGAGUUGCGAAGCCUGCAUUGGAAUCUCACCCUUGGGGCUGCUUCUUGACCAAGAACAGGCCUCGCACAGUUGCCUUGCAGCAAAGCUGCAAUGCCAUCCCCAGCUGGUAGCGUUCGCCUGUGCAGGAUCAGCACUGCAGUCCUGCUGCAUCCUUGGCAGUGGUGCAGAGUGGCUGUGACUGCAGUUUUUAAGCACUGUGUCUGCAGACAAAUGUACGUUAUGAAGAACCUCAAAGGAACCCAUAUAGCUGGAGCAGAAAAACUUGGUUUUUAAAAGCUCCUUGGUAUUAACUCCCAUUGGUAAUCCCCAAUGUGUUAUGAGCUCUCUAAUUUGACUCAAACUGUGAAAGGAUUAUAGAGCACAUUGUUGUCAUUAUAAUCAAAGUAACUAAACAAUUAACAACCUCCCAAAGUACAUAUUUGGUAGAAUUGUUGAAAAGCCCUCCCAAGUUUUUAUCUUAAUAACAAAAUAUAAUUAAAGAAAAAAACCCUGAUUUUAAUAAAGCUUAAACAUGGCAGGCUUUGCUUUAGAAAAAUUGCCCUAAUGAAAUGAUCUUUGAGCAAGCUUUUCAGUAAUUGCCCUAAAGAACUACCUGAGUGGUCUCACCCUAAUGAUUUAAUCACAGGUCUCUCUUUUCUUCAAGCCCAACUCCUAGGAGUUGUGUGGUCAACAAGAAGAAGAGAUUUUGUUUUGUUGAUAGAAAUAUGUACUCCAAAUCCCACUGAGGUCAGUUCUCCAGUGUCUUCAGCCAGGAUUUCCAAGCGGAGGGAAAAUUACUGCCUGGCCAGAGCAAAGAGACCAUGUGCGUUUUUAGAACCCUUCAUAGGAAAGACAACUGAGUCUCUGAGAACUCUCUCUCUUACCCUUUGCACAACUGGAGAGCAGUGUGUUACUGCAGUCCCUUUCAUGAAACUGUACUGUCCACCUUGCCUGUCAUGGCAAAAACUGGGCAGGUGCACAUUUCAGCUUUUUCACAAGAUUUCACAUUCAUUGUUCUAGUUGGGUUCCAUGGGACAUACUUAAGUCACUUGAACCUUGAACAAAUAGAUCUAAGACUUGAUUUGACUUGAAAAAAGCCAGGAAAAUCUCACUUAAGGUUAACACUUCAUCUUUAACACACAUUUUUGUGCCUUUUUUUGCCAAUUCCCUUCCUCCGGUCCCAGCACCACUUCUUACACAGACACAGAUACAGCCAUGUGUUAAGAACAGUGUUUGCCUUGACCUCCCAUUUUCUGGCUCUUGUCCCUGUAUGUGUAUGUCGCUGCAGUAUAUGAUUUUAACCAUAGAUGGCUUUAAGACUGAAAGUGGUAAUUUCAACCAAUUUGCACCAGAGUAAUGUAUUAUGUAUUUCAUAGCUAAUUAACUCCUUUCUAACUCAGCACUACUAUAAAUAUCAUUUACACAUCAUUUGUUUGUAAAAGGUGUUUAAAAACCCAAAAAGCUGGAACUAUCUUGUGUUAUAGCCCAAAGGGUCAAUAAACAGUAGAAAUAUUAUGGUGAUUUAACUCUAAGUUAAUUUCAUCCCAUCGUAAAGAUAAACUAAAACCCAGUCUUUUUUGCUUAAGGCACAUCUAUGUAUUUUUGGUAUUCUUCAACAGUGAAAAAAAAAAAGAAUAGUAAAAUGGAAUGAUGAGGAGAUGCUUUAUGAAAAUAUUGAUGAAUGAAUAUUCAUUUAUU